GUGUUUCCAAAAUGGCGGCAGCGAUGGAUGUGGAUACCCCGAGCGGCACCAACAGCGGCGCGGGCAAGAAGCGCUUUGAAGUGAAAAAGUGGAAUGCAGUAGCCCUCUGGGCCUGGGAUAUUGUGGUUGAUAACUGUGCCAUCUGCAGGAACCACAUUAUGGAUCUUUGCAUAGAGUGUCAAGCUAACCAGGCGUCUGCUACUUCGGAAGAGUGUACCGUCGCGUGGGGAGUCUGUAACCAUGCUUUUCAUUUCCACUGCAUCUCUCGCUGGCUCAAAACACGGCAGGUGUGUCCGUUGGACAACAGAGAGUGGGAAUUCCAAAAGUAG